GCUCCACUGUUCCAAUUGUCAAACAGUUGUUUUCUUUUGUAAACAUGUGCUAAACAUUUCCAUACCUGCAUCCUUCGUCACGAGCCAGCAGCAAGUGAAAAAGAUAGUUAAAAUAGUAAAAAAUAUUGCCCUUAUUCAGUGAGAAACAUCAGAAAACGUUCAGUGCAACUGUAUGAAGUUUUUUCUGUAAAAAUCGUCGUAAAUCAUGGGCAAAAAGAAGGCUAAUCAACUUGGCCGAUCACUGAUCAAAGAUCGAUUUGGUCAUGGCAGUCGGAAGACAGUGGCAGAUGGUAGCAUGCUACACACAACCGAAGUACAGGAUGGAUACGAUUGGGGCCGUUUGAACUUGCAAUCCAUCACGGAAGAGUCUUCGUUCCAGGAGUUUCUCCGGACAGCCGAGCUUGCCGGUACCGAAUUUCAAGCCGAAAAGCUUAACAUAACGUACGUCAAUCCAAAAGCAAAGGUGGGCCUACUGACCACGAAUGAGCGGGUAGAAAUCAUCAAAAAGCAGGUCGACAUGAAGGACUUGCUCAAGAUACCUCGCCGUCCAAAGUGGAGCAAGGAAACGACGGCGGAAGAAUUACUGCUUGCGGAGAAUGCAUCGUUUCUCGAGUGGCGCCGUGGUUUGGUAGCACUGCAGGAGCAGGAUGAAAUGCUUAUGACGCCGUACGAAAAAAAUCUCGACUUCUGGCGACAGCUGUGGCGUGUGGUUGAACGUAGUGAUAUCGUGGUUCAGAUUGUGGACGCGCGAAAUCCACUACUUUUCCGCACGGAAGAUCUUGAACGCUACGUGCAGGAGGUAGACCCGAACAAGAUGAACAUGAUAUUGAUCAACAAGUCGGACUUUUUGACGGCAGAACAGCGUGUGCAGUGGGCCAAAUACUUCGAUGGUCAGGGUGUUCGUGUUGCGUUUUAUUCGGCCGUACUGGCUGCCGAGGAAGCUAAACGAGAACAAGACGAGACAGCUUCCCGUAGCGAAGAGUCAGAAGACGAAGAAAAACGGGAGGUUGAGGAGCGCUUAAGCGAUUUAAAAUUGUCCGUGGACAAAGCGGAAAAGACGCUGGAAAAAAUAGAAGAACGGAUUGAAGAUUUUACACGUGAGGAUGGCCCGGAUUGCUCGGAGGGAAGCAUAAAGAAUAGCUCCAAGUUACUCACGAAUGCGGAGUUAAUUUCACUCUUCAAAAGCCUCCACCGUGCGGAACGCGUUACAAAGGGUAUUGUGACGGUGGGAUUGGUCGGAUACCCGAACGUAGGCAAAAGCAGUACGAUUAAUGCCGUGUUUCUCGAGAAAAAAGUGUCUGUUUCGGCGACGCCGGGCAAAACGAAACACUUCCAAACGCUGUACGUCGACAGCGAGCUAAUGUUCUGCGAUUGUCCCGGGUUGGUCAUGCCGAGUUUCUGCAUCACGAAAGCGGACAUGAUACUGAACGGUAUUUUACCGAUCGAUCAAAUGCGCGAUCACGUACCGCCGGUGAAUUUGUUGUGUACGCUCAUUCCACGCCACAUACUCGAGGACACGUACGGCAUUAUGAUUUCGAAACCGCUCGAAGGAGAGGAUCCAAACCGACCUCCGUAUUCCGAAGAACUGCUGUUAGCGUUCGCCUAUAAUCGAGGUUUCAUGACGGCCAAUGGGCAGCCGGAUCAGUCGCGUGGUUCACGCUAUGUGCUAAAAGAUUACGUCAAUGGGAAGCUGCGGUAUUGCUACGCACCGCCCGGCAUUGACCAGGAAGAGUUCCACCGUUUUCCAGCUCGCAAGAAGGAAGAGGUUGACAUUAAAUUGCUUCCACCAAGACAGCAGCGCGCAAUGAAGAUGAAUUUGAAAAAGUCCAGCACAGACAUUGAUGAGCAGUUCUUCAAAGACCGAGCCUCGCACGGACUAAUCAGAGGGCGUAGUGAUUUCCCGAACGUGCGACCCAUCGGACCACAGGGUUCGGUCGAAACGCUCACAACCACGGAUGGUGUCCUCUUCGCCGGUAAACCUUGGAAGCACCAGAAGCGUGAGAAACGCGAAAAGCUCCGACGCAAAUAUGUGCAUUUAGAUCAACAUUAGAUAUUGAUCAGAGAUAAAAAUCAUAUUUUCGUUUUACUACAGAUUCGCCGAAUGUAUAUAUAUAUAUAUAUAUACAUUGAAAUAAAAACAUGAUCACGCUCUACCUAUCUGA